CAACCUCUCUCCGGGACAAGCAAGACCAAGAUGUGUUGCUUCUUCUUGACAGAGAUUGCGCUGGCUGAGCUGGAUCAGAUCAAUCUGAAGAAGCAGAUGGUUCUGAAGUUUGCAGCCAUCAUAGGGCCAGUGUUUACCACCCAGCAGCUGGCUCACAUUGUUCCCGGAAGCAAAAGGCCAGGGAUUAAUUCCCUUCUGAACAUGCUGGUGGAGGACAACAUCCUGAAGCGACUGGACAACUUCAAGAAGCCAGAAGACUGGCAAGGUGCUACAGAGGGGCUGCCCACCUCUGCGCAGGCAGGCAGAGGGGUGAAGAGGCCCUCUGCCAGCAGGAAGACCAUGCAGCAGCAGCAGCAGCCUGAAAUCCUGGCCUUCUGCAACCCGCUGCUGUGGGAGGCAACUUACGAGCUGUGGCCCACGAGGCAGAAGGUCGACAUUCACCGUGAAUGUGCCGCCUUCCUGGAGAGGCACGCACACAAAUGCCAGGGGUGCCACGGAGGGGACUUUGUGGCCUGCCACCGCUUCGGCAUCUCCAGCCCCCAGGAGCAGGGGAGCUGCCAGGGCUCUGCUGACGAGGACAACUGGAGCAGCUGGGAGGCCUUGGUAGUUGCUGGAGAACACCUGCGCAGGGCUAGGACCCUCCCU